AGGCGGCCUUAUUCAGCGUGCACUCUCAGUUUGAGGUCUGAACCCGGCCCGGUUAGCCGGCCAAGUUUUAUCACACACAAAAUGAAAAUGGUGCUACGAAUAUUACUGUGCACCACGUUACUGUGGGUCGCCACUUCAGCACAGGGAACCUUCAGCUUGGAAGGGGCAGUAGAUGAAAAUGGAGGUCUGUUUCCGCUGAUUUUCAACCUCGCCACGAACGCUAAGAUCACUGCCAACGCGACAUGCGGACUGAACGGACCCGAGAACUACUGCAAGCUUGUGGAGCACGUGCCGGGAGAGCCCUUCCCCCAGGACCCCCAGUGCAGCGUCUGCGACGACAACGACCCGUACCUGCGACAUCCCAUCGAGAACGCCAUCGACGGGACCAACAGCUGGUGGCAGAGCCCCACCAUCUCUCAGGGAAGGCAGUAUAACUGGGUUACUAUCACUCUGGAUCUCGGGCAGAUCUUCCAAGUUGCUUACGUGAUCAUCAAGACCGCCAUCACCCCUCGGCCUGGUAACUGGAUCUUGGAGCGAUCUUUGGACGGCGUAAACUUCCGCCCGUGGCAGUACUUCGCCGUCUCGGACUCGGAGUGUUACCAGAACUACAACAUCACGCCGACCAUCGGGACACCACAGUUCACGCAGGACGACGAGGUCAUCUGUACGUCCUUCUACUCCAGGUUCCCACCGUUCGAGAAUGGAGAGAUUCACGUCUCGCUCAUCAACGGCCGUCCCAGUGUUGACAACCCCUCAGACACCCUCAGGGAGUUUACGUCAGCCCGUUACAUCCGCCUGCGCCUCCAGAGGAUCCGCACCCUCAACGCUGACCUUAUGACCCUGAGCUCCCAGCGACCCGACACCAUCGAUGCCUUCGUCACCAGAAGGUACUUCUACUCCAUCAAAGACGUGUCUGUGGGAGGACAGUGUAUCUGUUUCGGUCACGCCAAGGUCUGCCCACAAGUCCCUGGUGCACAGACCCUGCGGUGCCAGUGUGAGCAUAAUACCUGUGGGGAGAGCUGUGAACGCUGCUGUCCACUCUUCAACCAGAAACCAUGGCAACCGGGAACAGCAGAGAGCAGCAACGAGUGCGAAGCCUGUCAGUGUUUUGGCCACGCUGAUGAGUGUGUGUAUGACCAGGGUGUCGCUGACCGCCGGGAGAGCAUUGUUUCCUGCCAGUGUUUCGGGCACGCGGACGAGUGUGUUUACGAUCAGGGCGUGGCAGACCGCAGGGAGAGCAUCAACAUCCUCGGCACCUACGAGGGCGGCGGCGUCUGCCAGAACUGCAGGGCUAACACCAUGGGUAACAACUGUGAACAGUGCAUCGAUGGUUUCUACAGGCCAGCAGGCAUUCCUAGGGACGAUCCCAACCCUUGCAGAGAAUGCCAGUGUAACCCUAUCGGUGAAGACCCCAGCAGGAGGGGCCAGUGUGUGAAGGAUGACACCAGGAUUGCAGAGGGCUUGGAGCCAGGGCAGUGCUACUGCAGACCUGGGUUCGGUGGCCCGAGGUGCGACCGCUGUGCCCGGGGCUACACCGGUUACCCCAACUGUGAGCCGUGCGACUGUAGUGUGGCUGGCAGUGUGAACGAAGAUGUCUGCAUUGGUCCAUGCAUCUGCAAGGACAAUGUUGAGGGUCAGUUCUGCGACCGCUGCAAGGCUGGGUUCUACAACCUUCAGGAGAACAACCCGUACGGCUGCCAGCCCUGCUUCUGCUUCGAUGUCACCAACCAGUGCCAGAGCGUGCCCUGGUACAGGGAACAGAUCGCCACCAUGCAGGGUUGGACGGUGAAGGCUCCCCAGGGCGACAGGUUUGUGUACCCCAGGGACGAUGGCUAUAACCGCAUCACCGUGCCACACUAUGAGGCAGCCAGGGACCUGGGCAGUCUGUACUACUGGAGCGCUCCCAGGGAGUACCUCGGCAAUCAGCUGGAGUCCUAUGGAGGUGUCCUGCGGUACGCUGUGUCCUACAGGACCCAGGACAGAGGUGACAGUGGAGAUCCCUCAGCCAGACCUACUGUGGACAUCGAUGUCAUUAUGGAGGGUAAUGGGCGUACCAUCACGUACACGGAGAACCGCCAGGUCGCCCCGAGCGUGGAGGAGAGCGUGACGGUGUACCUGAUACCCAGCGGCUGGCGCGAGUACGCAGACCCCAACUCCGCCUUCAACGUCGGCGCACGGAUCUCGCGUACGGAACUCAUGACCGUCCUGGCCGACGUCACCAAGCUGCUCAUCAGGGCGACCUACAACACCAACCCCAUUGAGUCAAGAGUCGGAGCACGGAUCUCGCGUACCGAGCUCAUGACAGUGCUGGCCGACGUGACCAAGCUGCUCAUCAGGGCGACCUACAACACCAACCCCAUCGAGUCAAGCCUGAGCUCCGUCAGCAUGGAGUCGGCCUCCCCAGACGCCGUGGGCCCCGCUUUGGCGUCCGACGUGGAGCAGUGCCAGUGCCCGAUCGGCUACACCGGGCUGUCCUGCGAGGGGUGCAUCAAGGGCUACCGGCGCGUGAACGGGCAGCUGUACGGGGGACAGUGCGAACCGUGCCAGUGCAACGGCCACGCUGAGGAGUGCGACGACAUCACUGGCACAUGUUUGACCUGCCUGCACAACACGGCCGGACGCAACUGCGAGGUGUGCGCGCCUGGUUACUACGGCGAUGCCACGAGGGGCACGCCCGACGACUGUUCCCGAUGCGCCUGUCCGCUGGUGGAGAGCUCCAACAACUUCAGUCCCACCUGCGUGGCCAUGGACGGAGGGGUGUUCUGUGAUCGCUGCCCACCCGGAUACGAGGGAUUCCAGUGUGAAAAAUGUGCAGAUGGUUACUUUGGGAACCCGCUGGAGGUGGGGAACCUGUGUAAGCAGUGCACCUGUAACGGGAACAUCGACCCUGCGGCUGAGGGAAACUGCAACACUGUGACCGGCGAGUGUCUGAAGUGCGUGGGCAACACGGCCGGGGACGAGUGCGAACGCUGCGAGGACGGGUACUUCGGAGACGCCAUCAACGCCAAGAACUGCCAACGAUGUCUGUGCCACCCCCGCGGUUCGUACGAGGAAGACUGUAACCUGAACUCUGGCCAGUACCCGCAAUGCUUAAUGCUGUUUGUUUAUGUUUGUUGUACAGGAUGUCUGUGCCACCCCCGCGGUUCGUACGAGGAAGACUGUAACCUGAACUCUGGCCAGUGCCGCUGCAGACCUAAUGUGGUGGGACGGGACUGCGACCAGUGUGCUGUUGGAUUUUUCGGCAUAGACUCCGGAGAAGGCUGUAAGGCAUGUAACUGUGACGUUACCGGCUCCCUGACCACACAGUGUGAUGAGGAGGGGCAGUGUCGCUGUAAGUCCGGUGUCGGUGGGAAGCAGUGCGACCGCUGCGAUGUCGGGUUCUACGGCUUCUCCGAGGACGGGUGCAAGGCCUGUGACUGCUCGCGUACUGGCGGGUUCUGUGACGACCAGACCGGAGACUGCAUCUGCCCGCCCAAUACCAUCGGGAUCCGCUGUGAGAGCUGCAAGCCGCAGACCUUCGGCUGGGACGGACUCAACGGCUGCACGCCGUGCGACUGUGACCCGACUGGCUCCGAGGGAAGCGACUGUGAUCUCACCACAGGACAGUGCAAGUGCCUUGCAGACUUCAGCGGUCGUCAGUGCAACAUGUGCCAGUUUGGUUACCACAACUUCCCCACCUGCCGUGAGUGCACCUGUAACCAGGCGGGCACGGACCCAAACACCUGCAACGCCAACAACGUGUGCGCCUGCGCCGACAAUGGGACAUGCUCGUGCAAGCCCAAUGUAGAAGGCAAGUCCUGCACGCUGUGUAAGGAGGGCAGUUUUAACCUGGAGGAGGAGAAUCCAAACGGCUGCACCAGUUGUUUCUGCUUCGGCAUCACCGACCAGUGCAGGCAGGCCAACCUCGUCACAGAACAGGUGACACCUGAUGCUGACAACAACAACUUCUUCCUGAGCAACAUCCGGCGGACGCAGCAGACCCAGCGCGGCCUCACCAUCAGGGACAACGAGGUGGAGGUGGAUGCCAGAUCCGCUGCCCAGGAGCUGCCCUUCUCACCCGUCUACUUCAACCUGCCCGAUAACUUCCUCGGCAACAAGAUCACGUCGUACGGUGGGAAGCUGCGGUAUACGGUGGAGUACGAGGACGACCCGAACGCCCCGCCCGGCGCCGAGAACGCCAUCAGCCAAUCAGAGGACGGCCCUCAGGUCGUCAUCCACGGCAUCGACACCGCCAUCGUGCUCGAUAUCCCAGAAGUCAUUGCUGCCGUGCCCGCCAGGCACGAGAUCGACCUUGUCGAGUUUAAGUGGCAGCUGUACCAGUCCCUGCUGAGUCGCACCCCGACCCGGGCUGAACUCAUGAUGAUCCUGCAGAACAUCCAGGCUAUUCUCAUCAAGGCCACAUACGGACGCACCAUGCUCAAGUGCAAGAUCAGUAACAUCUCUCUUGACGUUGGCCGUGAGCGGAGGUCCAACGACACCGGGCGGGAGCCUGCCACGGACAGUGUGGAGGAGUGCAUGUGUCCUCCUGGGUACACUGGGCUAUCAUGCCAUGAAUGUGCAGAAGGGUACAGGCGAGUUGUGAACGGUCCGUACCUGGGCCGCUGCAUCCCGUGUGACUGCAACAACCACAGUGCAGAGUGUGACCAGAUCACAGGCAUCUGUGAGAACUGUGACGACAACACGACCGGCCAGAACUGUGAGAACUGCGCGGACGGAUUCUUCGGAAACGCCGUGCCCGGAGCGGACGAUUCUGGCUGCAAACGCUGCGCCUGUCCUCUAGCCAACGACGAGAACAAGUACGUCUCUUUUCUUGGAAGUUCAUCUGUGUUGGAGAAAUGCCAGGGUUGCUGGUUAUUUGUCUGUGUGACUGUUCUGUCCAGAAAUCUCAUCUGCUCUGGGUUACUUUUCAUUUCUGUCACGACUGUGAGUCACCACUACUUUUUUGUCCCUCUCCUCUCCCAUCUUUCUUUCUUUCUAUGUUUGUUUGUUUGUUUGUUUGUCGUGAAUGUCUUGUCCAGACCUCAAAAACAAGAGGUUGUCCGGAUUAUCAUGAGACCUCAAAAUGACGAGGUUGUAGCCAGUCAGUACUCAAGCUUCAGCUCUACGUGCAGACAGGAUGCGGACGGUAAUAUUACAUGUACGGGCUGUGAGCGGGGAUACACGGGAAGGCGCUGCGAGAGAUGUGAGCAGGGUUACUACGGCAACCCGACCAUCCCUGGUGGGCGGUGUUACGAGUGUGCGUGCGACCAGUCGGGCUCCCUCAGCCCCAUCUGUGACCAGGUUACCGGGGAGUGCCAGUGCCAGCCAGGCAUCACUGGCCGCGCCUGUGACCAGUGUCAGCCCAGAUACGCCCUGACUGAGAGGGGAUGCAUCAAUUGUGAUGAUGAGUGCACAGGCGUGUUACUGGAUGAUAUGGAGCGUCUGGAAGCUCUACUGCGGUCGCGGAACCUCAGCGGCGUGUUCCCCGCGCCCUGGCCGACCCUCAUGGCUCUGGAGAACGAGACUCUGGAACUACAGCCCUUUAUUGAUGCGUUCAACCGGCUGCAAGACAAGGCCCAGAACAUCUCAGACCUGGAGCGGCUGGCAGACAGGCUGCUGAGGAGGGCCAACGAGGCCGUCCGUAACGCCCCGCCCGUGGACGAGGAUGCUGGGAAGGUUCGUGACCGCGCGGCCGACCUUGAGAUGAGGGUCAUGAACGCUGCCCGAGACCUGCAGAAUCUGGUUGAGCAGCUGGUGAACUUCACGCGGGGCCCCGGAUCGCCGGUGUCGGAUCUCGAGGCACAGCUGCAGGAGGCUCGCAGGAUCCUCAACCAGAUCCGCGGCCGUGAUCUCAACGGCUCCAGGGCCGACGCUAACAGGGAACUCAGAAUGGCCCAGGACACCCUUGAGAGAGCCCUGAUGGACUUUGCUAACAAGACCCAGGACAAGCUGGCCGCGGUGACCGCCCUGGAGGGGAAGCUGAACGACACGCUCAGCCAGCUGGGCGACCUGGAGGACGCCGUGCGCGAGGCUCGCAUGAACACCAACGACGCCGAGCGGCUCAACAACAACAACGAGGACGUGCUUCGCGAUCUGGAGGAAAUGAGGCGCCUUACAGAAGAGAACGUGGAUGACAUUCGCGACGCCAUCAGGGAAGGAGACGAGGUUGUGAAGAACGCCCGCAGGCUCCUGUCUGAGGCUCGGGUUGCACUGGGGGAGGCUAUAAAGAACGACGAGGCCCUGCGUAACGUGCGUCCGGAGCUUCAGCGUCGGGCCGACCUGCUGACCCAGAAACUGGCCGGCCCGCCUGACCUGGAGGACCUGGUGGAGGAGGCAGAGAAACAUGCUCACAACCUGACUCUCAGGGCAAGGGAUCUGGAAGGGCUGUUUGCAGAGACCAAGAACUUCUCGUCCGACGCCCUGGCCGCUGCUACGGCCUACGACAACAUUGUGCAGGCUUUCGAGGAUGCCGAGAGGGCUGCCAACGAAGCCAACGUGGCUGCCAAGGAGGGACUGGACCUGGCCACAGGAGAAGACUCGUUGAGCGAACUUGGCGAGGAAUCCAAACAGCGCAGCUACGACCUGUUGGACGAAGCUGUGAAACUCAGGGACAGGGUGGACGACUUAGGAAGUAGCACGGCUGACAAAGAGGCGGAAAUAGCCCAGGGAAACCAAAAUAUCACCGACCUGAAGAAAGCAGUCGAGGAACUUAAGGACAGAAUGGACCUCCUACCUGAUGACCUCGGUGAUGCGGCCAAGGAUGUCCAGGAUCGCGCUUUGGAAGCUGACCGCAUUGCACAGGGAGUCAUCGAUGAGGUCGACGGCUUAGAGCCAGACGUGAAAGCCCUGGAGGAUCAGGUGGGAGGAGCAGGGUCUACAUCAGGCGACACCAACGCUGACAUCAGGGCAGCUGAGAGAGACUUGAGGACGGUGUCCCGUAAUCUGGGUGACCUGAAGGACCUGGCCGACGACCUGAAUGACGAGGCGAGAAACGUGCGCGCUCUGAACGACCAGUUCAGCCGGAACCUCACCGACCUCAUGGAGAAGAUCAAACAGGCUCGCCAGCAGGCCAACACCAUCAAAGUGUCUGUGGCCAACAGUGGAACCUGCAUACGGUCCUACAAGCCCAACAUCCAGCCUGGCUCUUCCAUCAACACCAUCGAGCUCAACUUCAAGACAACCGAAGCCGACAACCUUCUGUUCUACCUGGAAGGAAGGGAUUCUAAGGACUUCCUGUCCCUGGAGACCCGUAACAGCCGUGUGGUGUUCCGCUGGAACGUCGGCUCUGGUAUUGGCAACAUAGAGUACCCCAGCCUUCCCAUCAAUGACGACAGGUGGUACCGCAUCGUGGCCAAGCGCGUGAGCGGCAGCGGGGAGCUCCGUGUGCAGCUGUCGAGCGAUAAGGACGACGCGGCGCCCGAGACCGGCCAGGCGCCGCCCGGCUACACCAUCCUGGACGUGGACAGCAACGACGACCUCUACUUGGGUGGGGUUCCUCCGGAUAAACAGCAAGCCCUGGAAGCCGCGACCAUCUUGACUUCAGAGUUUAACGGCUGCCUGGGAGAAGUCCUGCUCGAUGACAAACCCAUCGGACUGUACAACUUUGCCACCACGUCCGGAGAGUGCAGCGGCUGUGUGGAAAGCCCCCGAGAGAGGACGGCCUCCAACACCUACACCUUCCUGGGCGACGGUUUUGUGGUGAUGCCGAAGAUUCCGUCCUGGAACGACAGAAUCACGUACCUCAACUUCAACUUCAAGACCUUCGCAGAAAACGCUCUUAUCUUCUUCGUCGCCGAUGAAAACCAGGGAGACUACUUUGCCGUGUACCUGAAAGACGGGAGGGUCGGAGUACAGUUCAACCUGGGCAGCGGAAAACUCGAGAUCCUCUCUGACGACAAGUACAGCAACGGGGAGUGGACCUAUGUACGCAUCUCCAGGACUGGCAAAGAUGCCGAGCUGGCUGUGACGAAUGAACAGAACGUGAAGAAGGCCACCUCCCCUGGGUCCCUCACCGAUCUUGCCGUCACAGACCGCAUGUACAUCGGAGGCCUGCCCGGGAGCUACAGGGUCAUGCAGGGCAUCGACAUCCCGACCAUCUCCUUCAUCGGCUGUCUUCAGGACCUCACGGUCGGGAGGGAUCCGCAGAAACUGGACCAGAACCUGGCCAUUCUGGGCAUGACACCCGGCUGCCAGGAUCAGGUUGUUCGCACCAUCGGAAUGUCUGGCGAGCCGGGUGCCUACACGACCCUGCCGACCGACAGGGAUGGAAACCUGGCGGACGGAGGCUCCGUGUUCCUGGGCUUCACCACCAACACCCCCGACGGCCUGUUGCUCCUGGCAACCGGAGGCAGCCGCAGAAGGAGGCGGCAGGCGGGAACGGCCUUCUACUCCCUGGCUGUGGUCAAAGGUCGUAUCCAAGCGAAGUUCAGCGCCGGAGAGGGCAGUCCCGUUACCAUAGUAACCAGGACCCAGAACGGACAAUUUGAUGACGGGGCGGACCACAACAUCGAGGUGACCAGGAGAGGAGACAGAACUGCUAAUGACCUUCCCCACCAGACUACCACAGUCACUCCCGCACCCCCGGUAGUCAUGACAACGGAAGUGCCGACGCCCACCACAGAGGAGUUAGUAGUUACUACGGUUGCCCCUACCCCAGAACGCGGCCCUCCCACGAGAUGCGCGGCUCCCCCCAAACCGAGCUCGCUGGAGCUGCCCGGAGCGUUCAACUUCGGGCUGACCAAAAACAGCCACAUGACCUUCAAGAUAGAACCCACGGAGGUCAAGAAAGAGUUUUCGGUGAAGGUAGAGAUCCGCACCCUGGCGUCGGACGGGCUGGUGUUCUACGUUGCCCGUAGCAAUCAGGCGGACUUCGCUGCCAUCCAGCUGGAGGAGGGACUGGUCAAGUUCAAGUUCGACAACGGGAAGGGCCCGGUGGAGAUCAGCAGCACUGUCACCGUGAACGACGGAAAGUGGCACAUGCUCCAUAUCACCCGGAACCGCAGGAACGGAAUCCUGACUGUUGACGGGCGCGACAGACAGAAGGACAAGAGUCCGGAGGGGGCCACCAUCCUGGACGUCACCGAGGACUUCUACCUGGGAGGGGUUCCCAUCAGCUACACCGCAAGGAGGAUCGGAAAGAUUACUAACAGUUUGGAGAUGUGUGUGCGGAUGUUGGAGAUCCAGGGAGAGCUACAGGACCUGGUCACGCCGGCCUCCAGGGCUGACGUCGGCGCCUGCUUCGAGAAGGUCACUGCAGGGUCAUACUUCACCGGCACGGGAUACGCAGAAUUGUCUGACUCGUACCGUGUGGGGCAGGACAUGGAGGUUGUGUUCGAGUUCAGGACCAACCAGCGAGAAGCCGUCCUCCUCACCGUGUCAUCCGCAAGGGCCGACGCUCUCGCCAUUGAACUCAAGGAUGGCAAGAUCACAUUCCGCGCUGACAACGGUCCGGCUCCGUUUGAGGUGACCUAUGACCCUGAAGUCCAUGACCCCCAGGGAAGCAAGUUCAGCCUCUGUGACAGGAAGUUCCACAAAGUCGAGGCCCGUAAGGUGAAGAACAUACUUGAGAUCAUGGUGGAUGGAAACGCAGUUCCUCCUGCCACCAGCCAGCAAGCCUCCACCUCAGCCGAUACAAACGACCCGCUCUACGUCGGAGGAUACCCAGACACGGCCCUUCAGCAGAAGGCUGCCACCACGGACGUGAAUUUCCGUGGCUGCCUGCGAAACCUGAGCAUCAACGGGAAGCCGUACAGCGUGGGCGCCGCGCUGACACUGGUCGGUGUGCAGCCCAACACCUGCCCUGCCAAGUGAAGAAAGACCCUCAACAAGCGAAAUUCGGGCAGCCUCACACAUUUAGCCAGUUUUUGGACAUAAAGACUCACUGCACUAUCAAAUAAAUUAAAGCUAGAGGUGGUCAUAUUUGCAAACUUAAGUCUCAUCCAUUGGCCAUGUUUCGUUAUACAAUGCAAGAAGUUUGGACUGAAAUUUGCCACAGGUAGUUUGCUUAAAAAAAACACUUAUAAGUUAUGGAGCUGAAGACUAAAGGAUGAGAUUGACCAAAUUCAGAAUUUAGCUAAGCUGAGAAUAACAAAAUGUGUGAGGCUUCAGUGCAACCACACGAAGUGGCCAAUACAAUGCUAUAAGUGAGCAGAUUUACCAAAUAUCGCCGCCUCAGCUGUAGUCUUGACGAUACUAUAGAAAAAAGACCCUGUCCAAGCUUACUUAAGAAUUGCUAGAUGUGUGAGGUUGUCAUGUACAACACUUUGAU